UUUUUUUUUUGUGAAAGUCGAAGUUCAGCACUCGUCAAUGUAAUAGUGACAGCAACGGCGUGUUAGUAAACACUGAUAAUAUUUAUACACGGCGCGGCGGCUCAAUACGGUAAAAAAAAAAAAACUUGUCUUAAGUUUCUGUUUGUUUUACUCGACUCUGAUAAACGAUGAGAUUAAAGUAAGAGUUUUUUUUAGAUUAAAUAAUGAAAGAAGUUCCAUUCAAAAAAAAAAAGAACAACCGAAAUAUUAUCUGUGCAUUUAUUGUAGCGCGAAACAAUUCGCGGCAUGGAGUUUCAAUUUACGGUAAAUAGUUACUACAACGUCUAUUUAUUUCGUAAUACACGUUACGUAGGAAUCUAAACCUUGAUGGAUACAUUGAUCUUGGCAAUGUUUCAAUGCGUACACAACAGAAGGUUCAAGAGCCGUCAGCCGACACAAAAAAAAAAAACGUAUCACAGAUAUGGAUCCGAACUAUGGACGUUCCUAAAGUUUUAUAUCUUAAACGUGCUAAUAUGCAAGUCGUUGCGCUUUUGUUGAACAAAUCGUCUUUGCACACAGUUACGUGAGCAUUUCUCGUGCGUGUGAGCUUAGUUAGCACCGGGCACCGCGGCGCGGGUCCCCUUCAAAUAUUUACUUCCUCAUUAGUCUCCGGAACAAUGGUACUGUUAGGUCGAUCGUAAAACCGACUAACAAGCAAAUUCGAAUCCUAAUCAAUGUAUGGGAUUUGUUCCGCUUUUACUAAUGUACUUCUUUAUAAUGAGGUUACAUAUGAAUUAUGAAUGGUGUAAAGCUUAGCGGUGCAUUCGUGUUGAGUGAUGCACCGGUGUUCGAAUCUCAGGCGGGUACCAAUUUUUCUAAUGAAAUACGUACUCAACAAAUGUUCACGAUUGAUUUCCACGGUGAAGGAAUAACAUCGUGUAAUAAAAAUGAAACCCGCAAAAUUAUAAUUUGCGUAAUUACUGGUGGUAGGACCUCUUGUGGGUACCACCACCCUGCCUAUUUCUGACGUGAAGCAGUAACGCGUUUCGGUUUGAAGGGUGGGGCAGCCGUUGUAACUAUACGUGAGACCUUAGAACUUAUAUAUCAAGGGGGGUGGCGCAUUUACGUUGUGAAUGUCUAUGGGCUCCAGUAACCACUUAACAUCAGGUGGGCUGUGAGCUCGUCCACCCAUCUAAGCAAUCCUUUGAUUGGCUUGAUGUUGUUUCUAUUGUACCCAAACAAGAAACUGAUCAAAGCGGAAUGAGCCCUUUUCUUCUUAGCAACAAUCGUGAAGUCGAACGAAACGCGUUGUAGUUGAGAAUGAUGAACCGGAAGCUUUAUGUCAAGAGAUACUCUUACGCGACGGAUGUGGUAGGAACGGUCGCCGAAAUUAGAACCACCUCAGAGCGAACCAUGAUUGAUCACUCAUUUCUCGAGAGGGCUGACGAGACUCGGUUCUGGGAUGUCACGCUAAAUAAUUUUCUUUCAAACGAGUCCCUUGUGUUAUUUCGUUAUCCUCAAAAGUGUGUGUUGUUCUAAUUAAUUUUUAUCGACUUAAAAAAAAAGGAGUAGAUUACCAAUUCGACUAUUUUUUAUGUUUUUUUACUCGAAACUUUUUUCUACGUGAAACGAUUUUGAAAGUUGGUGCUUCUAGUGUCUUAAUGCUUUACUAUGAUAUGACCAGUACUUUAUAAAUUUUCCUAAUAAGGCAUAUUUAAUUGACCUCUACUACAUUAAUGAUAUUCUCAUUUUAUUUACUUUUUGUUACAUUUUGUAUUCAUAAAUUAUAAACUGAAUAACAAUACUAUUUUAUCAAAAAAUAAAAAAUAAACAAGAUAAAUUAUAAAAAUAAAAUACCAUACAUUGCCAAAUGUGCGGUUUUCGCUCCGCAGAAUUCACAAGCACGAAACAAAUUAAGACUUCAUUGAUUGGCGUGGUUCUUUUUCAUUAUACAUCUUUUAGAUGAAAUUCUCGUGUCACAAUGUUAGUUACCAUACUCCUCUGAAACGGUUCGACCGAUUUUUAUGAAAUUUUAUAUGUAUGUUCAGUAGGUCUGAGAAUCGGCUACUACAUAUCUAUUUUUUAUACCCCUAAGUGAUAAGGGUUGUCCACCCCAAACAUUUAUUUUUUAUUUUUAUUUUUUGGAUAAUUUUUAUUUUUGUUAUAAUGAGGUAUUAUGUGGUUAAAUGAGGUUUUUUUUUCUACACUUUGCCGGGUUAGCUAGUAAUAUAAUAAUAUAAAAUUAACAUUUUUGGUAUUGUCGGAUGCAAGCAAUGAUACGUUACAGUUAACGUAACGUAUAAAUAAUCUUUGAGUGAGAACGGCUGGAGUGGCAUGUGCCAGCAGCGACGCCGGCAUUGGCUUCAGUUGUGAUUGGGACGCGUUGACGAAUACUCUCCUCACGGCGCACUCACCUGCCGCAGGGCCGGCGUCGCAUCCGUGACAUUGCCUUAUCGCUUAUCGCAAAUUUUAUCGAUAAAUAACCGAAUAAUCGAUAAUGACGAUCCAUAUCUGUGUACCGUUACGCCGAUAGCACACAGUUCCGUCGCGUCCUUGACACAUUCAACCCGAGUUUGUAAACAAGUGCAUAAGGGCAAUUAAUUGACUUGUAAAUAAAUGUUUAUGGAUACACUAUGUUGAUGUAGUACUAGAAACGCUCGAUUUAAAUGGCGUAGGCAGUGAUUAUGGACUGUUAACACGGUGUCGGUAUCGUGGGUGUCAAUAACUAAGAGAACAGCUUUCCGAUUGGUCGAAGAUGGAUAGGACAAUGUAUGGCAAAGUGCUACCAGGCACUUACUAUCCAUUCCGCUGCGCUAUGAAGGAGAACGGAAUAUCGCCUGGCUAUGCUUUGCUUGCCGACCUCCAGAACUCUAUCAACCCUGGCGGCGCCCGAGUCAGCAGCCCCAGCGGCAGGACCACGUCGCCCGGCGGUCGCACCAGUUCCCCGGGCAGAACUGGGUCUCCUCUAGGCAGAGGCACUUCACCGGGCCGUCUCAGCUCGUCAGGCAGCCUGAGUUCCCCCACCUCCACCGGCUACGGAUCCAUCAAUGGAUCUAGGAAUAUUAGCUCGGAUUAUGCAAAACCUGCUUCGCCAACUUACCAAAACACAAGCUCAUUCCACUCAGAGAAGAUGACUCCGCACAAAUAUACGAGUACCGUCCAAAGCAACUACAGUACCCACACGCCCGGUUACAACGUGGGACAAUCGCCAGGCUACGGCAGGACCGGUGGUCGAGGGAACCUGAGCGAGCUGGACACCCUACUCGACGACUUGAGCAGUGCCCGCUACGGGAAUUACGCAGAAAAAACUUCGUUCACCGAAAGAUCUGUAAAUGACAGCUACGGGCGCAGUAACGGAGCCAUCAGUCCGGCGUCAGCGAGGCCCACGGUCGACUCCUUGCUGGAUCAAUUAAGCGCGGAAAUACCUAAUGGCCGCCAAUCCACAUCUCCAAUACCACCGCCAUCGACGGGAGGAACUCUCCCCAGACCGGGCACCAAACAGGUGACCGUCACCGUGCAGGAGACGGUCGUAGAACCCGCUCAGGCUCAGCAACAGAUUCCAGUGGCGGCCCCUGUAGUCCGGCACCAGCACCACGCGUCCAGCGCCACCAAGGAACUUGAUGACUUGAUGGCGUCGCUCUCCGACUUCAAGGUUAGCGGCACAGGGGGAGAUAGCGGGACUCACGUGUACAGAGAGAAACGCGCGUGGCAGGAACAGUACCGCACCAACCCGCGUCAACCCGAGUCCGCAUCUCUCGAGCAUAUGCUCGGAUCUCUUCGGGCAGACAUGAGCCGCCAAGGAGUACAAACCCCCCAGAAGGGAUGCUGUAACGCCUGCGAGAAACCAAUCGUUGGACAGGUGAUCACGGCGCUGGGUCGCACCUGGCACCCUGAGCACUUCACCUGCGCUCACUGCAACCAGGAACUGGGCACGAGGAACUUCUUCGAGCGCGACGGCAGGCCCUACUGCGAACCCGACUACCACAAUCUGUUCUCACCGAGAUGCGCUUACUGCAACGGACCAAUCUUGGAUAAAUGCGUCACAGCUCUAGAGAAAACGUGGCACACGGAGCACUUCUUUUGCGCUCAAUGCGGUCAGCAAUUUGGGGAAGAGGGUUUCCAUGAAAGGGACGGGAAGCCCUACUGCAGGGCUGAUUACUUUGACAUGUUCGCCCCCAAAUGCGGUGGUUGCAAUAAGCCCAUAAUGGAAAACUAUAUCUCAGCGCUCAACACCCAGUGGCAUCCAGACUGUUUCGUUUGCAAGGAAUGCCGUGAGCCUUUCCACGGAGGUUCGUUCUUCGAGCACGAGGGCCAACCGUACUGCGAGACGCAUUACCACGGAAAGCGAGGGUCAUUAUGCGCGGGCUGCCACAAACCGAUCGCGGGCCGAUGCAUCACGGCGAUGUUCAGGAAAUUCCACCCGGAGCACUUCGUCUGCGCGUUUUGCCUUCGACAACUCAACAAAGGCACUUUCAAAGAACAAAACGACAAGCCGUACUGCCACGCGUGCUUUGACAAGCUGUUCGGGUAAAAUGGCGGCGAGCGAACGCAAAAUGGCGCCUGUUGUUGUCACAUCAAAAUGUCGGAUAUCGACAAAUAAAUUUUAUGUAAUACGACUUUUAUUAAUUAUUGAUCGGAUACAAUAUAUUCGUAUUGUUAUAAAAAUCGAUUUAUUAUAUUAUUAAACUAAAUGGAAUAACAUUAGAUUUUAUGUGA